AUCGUCUCCAUCAUCACUCCCAUCGCUUUGUCCAGCUCCCACGUUCCCCUCUCAGUCCCUUCGCUUGCAAAUUUUCUCUCCGAUCUACUGUUUGAUUUCUUUCGUUUUUAUUUGAUUCAAAGCGAACUCGCUACACAGAGAAUAUGUCACGGAGAUACGAUUCCAGGACAACCAUCUUCUCUCCGGAGGGCCGUCUAUAUCAAGUCGAAUAUGCGUUGGAGGCUAUCUCGCAUGCCGGCACCGCGCUGGGCAUCUUAGCCAAGGAUGGUAUUGUCCUUGCGGCCGAGAAGAAGGUGACGAGCAAGCUGCUCGAGCAGGACACAUCCGCAGAGAAACUCUACAUCCUGAACGACAACAUGAUUACAGCUGUUGCUGGUAUGACGGCUGACGCCAACAUCCUGAUCAACUACGCCCGACAAGCCGCCCAGCGGUAUCUUCUCACCUACAACGAAGAUAUCCCCUGCGAACAACUCGUGCGCCGGUUGUGUGAUCUGAAGCAAGGAUAUACGCAGCAUGGUGGUCUCCGUCCGUUCGGUGUGUCAUUCAUCUACGCCGGUUACGACCCCCUCCGCGAGUUCCAGUUGUACCAGAGCAACCCCAGUGGUAACUACGGCGGCUGGAAGGCGACUAGUGUGGGAGCGAACAACGCAAGCGCGCAGAGUCUACUCAAGCAAGAUUACAAGGAGGAUUGUGACCUGAAGGAGGCCUGCGCUAUGGCCGUGAAGGUCCUCAGCAAGACCAUGGAUUCGACCAAGCUCAGCAGCGAGAAGAUUGAAUUCGCUACCGUGGGCAAGACCAAGGAGGGGAAGAUCUACCACCAUCUGUGGAACGCGGACGAGAUCAACGCUCUCCUGAAGGAGCACGGGUUGGCCAAGGUCGAUGACGAGCCCGAGGCUGGUGACUUAAAAUAAGUGCUAGACAAGGAAUGAGUUAAUGUUGCGUCCGAUGACCUGAUCGAGAUAAUCCCAUGUGUUCUGUUAUCAAAUCCGGCGCCAGGAUCUCGCCCGUAUUCCUCCCGUCGUAAGCCCAUGGGUUAAUAUAUGCUACGGCUGAAACAUCGGGCCCUCCCACGCCAGACAGGCAUGCCGCCCACUACUGCUGCAUCUGAAGCGCAACUGACGUCCACGGGUGACGUGGCAGCCGCGCUGACGAGUUGAGGGGACGGGCAUCCUCGAAGGCAUUGUUUGCUGUUGCAUUCUUCACGCGCCCUCCCCUGAUGGAUUUUGUCACGGGUUGUGCAAGAUGAAUGGUCCACGUAGUUCCGUACCCAUGCUUUUAUAACUUGAAGACAAGUAUGUAGCACUCCAGGGGGGUUCGACCUCCCAUAUAUAUAUCCGUUCCAGC